CAAGGAAUGGCAUUUUAGCUCCAUGUGGCACAAAACUAGAUGCUCAACUCACUUAGAUCCUCAAGAAAAGGUUGAGCAAAGGCAUAAGAUGGGAAGCCUGACUCAGCAACAGUCCUAUGCCUGACAUCCAUCUGCUUUAUUUAUCGAACAUUACAAAGCCUUUACUGCGAAAGACCUAAAGGUGCAAGGCUGUGCUGCAAGUUCCCAAAGUGAUGCUACGUAAGGAGGUACUAUAUUAAGGCGUUGGAAGAAGAACUGGUUUGAUCUGUGGUCUCAUGGCCAUUUGUUAUUUUAUGAUGAUCAGCAUCGGCAGGAUCUAGAGGACAGAAUUCACAUGAAAGUGGACUGCAUCAACAUCAGAGUGGGAAAUGAAUGCCGAGGUUUCCAACCUCCGGAGGGAAAGCCUAGAGAUUGCUUGCUGCAGAUCAUUUGCCGUGAUGGGAAGGUGCUCAACCUCUGUGCAGAAAGCGCCGAUGACUGCUUGGCUUGGAAAAUUGCUCUCCGAGAUGCCAGGACAAGUGGGGCCUAUAUUGGUUCUGAAGUGAUGUACGAUGACAAUGUGAUUUCCUCGGCUCCUCCUCCAUACACAGCUUAUGCUACACCGUCGCCUGAGGUUUAUGGCUACCCACAGUACAACGCUGCAUAUCCACCUCCAGAGCCUCAGGUCAUCUAUACUUCUAAUGGGCAGACGUAUGCAAUCCCUUAUCAAUAUCCAAACCAAGGUCCCUAUGGCCAGCCUCCUGCAAAUCAUGUCAUAAUUCGAGAACGCUACCGGGAUAAUGAUGGAGACCUGGCACUUGGCAUGCUUGCUGGAGCAGCAACGGGAAUGGCCCUGGGCUCAUUGUUCUGGGUGUUCUAGGUUUCCUUGGGAGCCACAAAGCAAGGGAGAUCGAAAAUCUUCUCUGCACUAAUAUAUAUAUUUGCAAAGUACUCCAGUUUAAUCUACAGAUUUUCAAUAAGUUUUAGUAAUACUUUUGCAAGUGACACACUGGAAUUGUAGUUAACAAAAAUUCUGAACCAUCCCAAAGGUGCACGUUAGUUGAAAAGCGGUUAGAGUAAUGGCUCGUGGUCAGAUGAGUUUGUGAUUCUAUGCACUGAUAAGAAAGUAGCAGUGAUAGCCGUGAAGUGUUACUAAAGAUGGCUAAACGUCCACAGUUGGCUCAUUUUUACAGUCAAAUAUUAACCAUCUUGUUAAAAUUACUUCCGCUGCUGCCUCAGAAUGCUAACUGGAAGGCAACGUAGCACUGUAAGGGCUAGUUCUGAAUCCAGGGGAUUUGAAUCUGAUAUUUUCUUAACACCCCUAGAUGACAAAGAUGAUGAUACAGUAAAUACUCCAUGGGAUGCAUUGGAUGUUUUUGUAUUCAGGGAGACCUCUUGCAUUUCAGUGGCUUGUUGAAGGAAAAGGAUUGGAUACAUUACCAUCACUGUGUGUCCUGCUUUAUUGUAGAAGUCCUUCCUAGAGGGUAAACCAGGAAUGGAGCCCUUUUAGCUCUCCAGAUGUUGUUGGACUACAUCUCCCAUUGUCCCUGGCGAUUGGCCAUGCUGGUUGGGGCCGAUGAGAGUUGGAGUACAAGAUCUGGAGGGCCACAGAUUCCCCUCUUCUUGGACUAGGCAAUAAAGAUUCUGACAUUUCUUUUUAGAAAGGAGUUUGUUUACCAUGCAAACCAUUCUAGUGUCCUAGAAAUUGCAGCUCCAUUUAGCUCCUAGUAACAGUUCCUUAGUGCAACAGUGAUUGGAGAGAGUUUAAUAUGUGACAAGGAUAGUUCAGCCUGGGUAUGGAAAACCCUAACCCAGUAUUUAAUUAAUAAAUAGUUGGAGGGUGCUGUGACCAUACAGGGCAUCAACAUCUUCAAACCAUAUUUUACUGACUUGGGUAUAUGGAAGCCUUUUAAAAUCUGUACUGAGGCUAAUACAAAGCAACUGUCUUGUCUUACCUAUGACUACAAACUAUCCUUAACAAGGCUUUUCACUUUCCUGAUACAAUACAGAGAUGCUUGUUUUUUAUUAUUAAGGCUGUUAUACUUGUACGGUCCAGUCUUAAAUGUGUUUCUCCUUGACUAGAUUUAUUUUCUGCUUUAAAGGCUAAUGCACACACACUUCUAUAAGAGGACAGAGAAAUAGGCACACAUCCUCACCAGAAAAUGAUUUUCAGUGGUGUAAGUUAUAUAAAAAAAGAUGCUCCUAUUUUUCAUCUACGGUUUGUGCAUCCUGUUAAAAUCUGAGAUGUACAUAAGACUCUUCAAAGUGUCUUUAGUCUGUGUGGUGUCCUUCAGUGAACACAAAAGCUUGAACAGCAGCAAACAAAGAGGACUCUGGUCAUGCCAGUUGCCCUAAUGGCAAACACUAGUCUAAUGUACUUCAUUCCUAUUGAAAUGGAAUAACUUAAUUGUGGGUGGGGCAAAGACCAGGUGACAAUAUUACAAAAUGUUGGCUCUUACAGGCCUUGUAUUAAGGGUUUGCCACUGUUUGCCUUGUGGGGAUGGGGGGCGUAUGCAGCAACUGUUGAAACUUGAGGAGGAGACCUGGUUGUAUUCAGUAGUUGUUUAACUUGGAAGUGUGUGCUUUUUAAAGUAGUACAUCUCCAUGCAGAGGUAUCUGUUCUUACAAAACUGGCCCUGUCAUCAGUCUAGGACAUUUCAAAUAACAGUACAGUGAACUGAAGAUGGUUUAUUUAAUACCCACGUAAGUAUGUGGGAAGCCUAGUUAUUAAGAAAUUGAUCAUAUAAAUAAAAGCAGCACUAGCUUCUGCUCUGAUUUUGUAAUUUGUCUAGUGAAACUUUUAAGAGUCCAUCGCUUCUGUGCUACUGUGUGUACUCUACAGAAUUACAGAACUUCCUGAAAUCCCUACCUUCUAUGUAUUUGUACUUUGUGAGGAAAGAAGAAAAUAAAUUUUGUCUUGGAACUUGGAAGCUAAAACUUUUAACAUACCCCUUGGUUUUCUUGAUGAUUCAAGUUGGUUUUAACUAUAGAAAACCACACAAUGAGCUGAAAAAUAUAAAUCUUCAUUUGCACAUGGAUAUAAAGGGAAAAAACACAAGGCAUCAAGUAGCUGGAUUUUAAAACAUAGCAGCUAAGUUAGAUGAUCACCUGUAGAGCAAUUUGGUUGGAUAAACUUGUGGUGAAUUUUGUAAACUGCAACAGCCAAUAAAUGCGUUGCCUACAAAACAA